AUGCAGGUCAAACUAUCCAGCUCGUCGCUCGUGAGCGAGUCGGUGCUGGGCAAGCUCGCUGCCACCGCACACAGCCACAGACCUACCACGUUCAUCGGCUAUGUCGCUCUGGCCAUCGGCACGGUAGUGUUGCUCCUUGGUUUGCUCAUCACGUAUUCACUUGCAAAGAUGCUCUACAGAACCACGAUCUACCAUUACUAUAUUUCUCCGCUGCGACAUCUCCCCGGACCCGAUCCGAAACCCUUCCUCGGCAACGUGGAAGAGUUCGCCAAGAAGCCCGGCGCUGGUGCAGAGUUGGAUUGGUCGCGUAAGUACAACAAGGACGGCGUUUACCGUAGCACGUUCUUGUUUGGUCGCGAGGCGAUUCACUUCCACCGUCCCAAAGCCCUGCGUCAGAUCUUGGUCGAGGAUCCGUACACGUAUCCCAAGCCUGCGUUAGCAUGGAAGCUCCUCGGGCUCAUUGCAGGCUACGGUUUACUGACGGUGGAAGGUGAUACGCAUAGGAAGAUGAGGAAGACCAUGAACCCGGCAUUCUCGCUCACCAAUCUGAUCGAGCAGUUUCCUGUCUACUAUGCCAAGAUCUACCCGCUGGUGGACGUUCUGAAUCAGAAGGUGGAAGAGUCUCCCGAAGAGUCUGCGGUCAUUGAUUGCGACGCAUGGGUCAACAAGGCUUUGCUUGACAUUAUCUGUCUCACUGCGUUUGGAUACGAUGCCGACUCGGUCAACAACCCUAGCAAUGAGCUUGCUUCAGCCUAUCAUGCCGUGACGAGUAUGCAGAACGGCCGCAAUCAGGCGCGACUCAAUCUCUUGCUCAACCUACCUUUUGGCGACACGGUGCUCGACUGGGCUUCGGACACAAGCGGCUGGGACUGGUUCCUGAAGCGAUGCAAACCUGGCACGGCCUGGCAGACCUUCUUUCAGCUGCUCAACGGCAUGCACCGCAUCAAGAACGUAUCCAAAGAGAUUCUGUACAAGCAGCUCAAUUCAGGCGAGCGCGCCGCUCAAGGAGGACAGUUCAAGGCGAUCAUCGACAUUAUCGAAGAAUCCUACCUCACUGAGAAUGACGGCAAGCCCAAGAGUCUCAAACAGGCUGAACGUGAUAUGAUCACGCAGGUGCUGACGUUCCUCGGUGCGGGACAUGAGACCACUGCUUCCGGUGUCUCUUGGACGCUUUGGAAUCUGGCAACACACCAGGACAUUCAAGACAAGCUGCGAAAAGAGUGCAAGGGCUUGAUGGACCAAGACGAUCGACCGCCUUACUCGGCCAUCAAAGGUCUUGCCUACCUGGAUGCGGUGAUCAACGAAUCCAUGCGCAUCACACCCCCGGUCCCACGCACCAUACGAAUGGCCAGCAAAGCCUCUUACAUCGACGGCAUUUACAUCCCCAAAAACACUCUGCUACCCAUCUCGAACCGUGCCAUUAACAUGGAUCCCACCGUAUGGGGCGAGGACGCCGACGAGUUUAAACCUGAACGAUGGUUCAACCUGCCCGACAAGUACGACCGUACUUUCAGCAUGAUCACCUUCAUCGCCGGCGCUCAUGCCUGCAUCGGUCGAACCAUGAGCUACCUCGAAAUGAAGGCCGUCAUCUGCAUCCUCGUGUCCAACUUCAAGUUCGAACCUGUCUCCAAGGAUCAAAGCCCGAUCAUGGAUACCCUAAUCACCAUGAAACCCCAGGGCGGUCUCGAGCUCAGGGUCUCCAAGGUUUGA